AUGAGGGAAUUCACAACGCUCCUUGACCCAAGGGCUAGACUGCUAGAAAGACUGCUGACCAUAGGGCUAGUUCAGAAAGCCCCGCCAAAGCUGGAACAGCCUGGAAGUCGGUUCUACAAGGCCGAUCAAAUCUGUGCCUACCACUCAGGAGGGGCUGGGCACAGCACGGAGGAUUGCAUAAACCUAAAACACAAAAUCCAAGAUCUGAUAGAAAAAAGAGAAAUAGUCAUGGAAACUGCUACCCCUAACGUAAACACGAACCCGUUGCUGAAUCAUGAAAAUGGAGGGGUCCACAUGAUAGAAAGGGAUGAGGACUGGGAAGCUUGUGGAAUGUUGUUUCCCAGAAUCACCAAGCCUCUGGAACAGACGGUUGCUUCCCUCACCCUCCAAGAACAGCCCAAAUUCAAGGUCUUGAUCCCCAGUCCGGGAAUCCCCAAGGUCAUGCCCAUUUUCAGGAUUCUGGUCCAGGCACCUGCGGUAGCCCAGGUAGCACAACAGAUUGCGCCUGACCUCAAAAAGCCAAUCACUGCACAAGCAUCAAUGACCCAAGGCAUGACUCGUUCAGGAAAGUGCUUUACUCCUGAAGAACUAGCUCAGAACGCCACAAGGAAGGAGAAUGUUCAGAAAAGUGUAAUAACCGAAGGAGAGGCCAAAUAUUUUUGGUGGCACAUGCAGUCCAAAUAUUAUUCCAUUGUUGAGUACUUGAAGAAGACACCGGCACAAAUAUCGGUGUUGUCGCUGUUGGCUAGCUCGCAGUCUCAUACGCAUGCCCUUAUGAAGGUAUUAGAUGAUACACACGUACCAGCAGGAAUGAUUAGUGAGGAUAUAGCCGGGCUAGUGGCCCAUAUCAUUGGUGAGCGUGAGAUGUGCUUCUCUAAGGAAGAACUGCACAUUGAAGGGACAUCCCACAACAAAGCCCUCUAUAUUACCCUGGAAUGCCGUGACAAGGCCGUAGGAAGGGUAUUGGUGGAUAAUGGGUCGGGCCUCAACAUUUGCCCCACAACCACCCUGACACAACUUGGCCACGACAUAGGAAAGAUCCAUCAGAGCGCAAUGAACUUCAGGGGAUUCGAUGGAUCUUUAAGUGAUUCUUUAGGAAAGGUCGAUCUACAGAUUCGGGUCGGGCCUGCCUCCUUCACAGCAGAGUUUCAGGUCAUGGCAAUCACUGCCAAUUACAACAUGCUCUUGGGAAGACCUUGGAUCCACUCCGCCGGUGCGGUGCCAUCGAGUCUGCACCAGGCCAUAAAAUUCGAAUGGGAAGGGCGGGAAAUUGUAGCGGCAGCUAAGAGGGAUACUCAGAUGCACCCUUACAACACCUUUCCCAUGAUUGUAGGGGAUCCUCAUUUCUCUAACUUCCAUUUAGUGGAAUACGUGGGGGCCACACAUGCUGAAGAAGAGGUCGACAGACUUAUGCUGGCGGCCUAUAAAAUGAUCGCCUCUACCAUGCUGAGAAACGAUUUUGAAACGCGAAAAGGUCUAGGAAGGGACCUCGAAGGGAUAACAGAACCUGUGCCAAUCCCAAAAGAAAACUACCACUUCAGUCUAGAGUAUACCCUUAACGAAGACUAG